AGUGCGAGCAGAAGCCAGCGAAAAGAUUACCGCGCUAUCGUUUCGCGUGGAAAUGUACCAUUGAUACGGGAUACAUGUGUCCCGAGAGUUGCACCAAUUUCUAGAAGUCUUUCGCAAGCGAUCUAUCCAUUCACAUUACUCGAUCAGCUAUGAUACUUAUUACACAAUCACGUUAUCGCAUCAUCAUGGAUGUUCCGUUCGUUUCAAUACUCGACAAGAUUAAAAUGAAGCAUUCCCUGAUGUUAUGGCACUGUGACAUUACGUAAUAUGUAAUAUAUACGUAAUAUACGAGGAAAUAUGCAUGUCCAUUUAUAAACCGUGAUAUAUUUAACGCACGCUGCGCUUAUCGUCGAGAUUAUUUACUAGGGGUUAAUACAAAAAGUGGUGCAGCUUUGCUCUUUAACUGAUAAUAGUCUGGCGUGAUGCCAGAUUGGCAUAUCUAGCGAGAUAAAAGUCUGGGGACGCUUCAUUGCCACCACAGUAUUGGCCGGUUUCGAGAGCUGACCAUGCUGGCAUAAUUGAAUUCAAGCAUAUUGUACUCUGCGUUGUACAAACUCGCGUUCCGUAGCUGUAUCGUGUGUGAAAGUGGCCGAGUGUGGUCACCGAGUGAAACAUUCGUUGCACGUGGUCAGUGUUUUCGACACAAGUGUUGACAAUAUUUGAGGCCACUCGAGGCGGGAGAUCAAUUCUAACGUCGCGCACGGGUAUAUCACCGAGUUAGAAAAAUGACCUGGGGCUCGAAACAGAAUGAAAGUAAUGGUGUAGGUCCUAUGCUUCUGAACGAUUGCAACCAGGUCUCUGUUUAUCACGAGAGGCUUCCAUCUAUCUGCAAAGAAGCACCAUUCAGCGAUGACCCAGAAGCGAUUGCAGAAAGGAAUGCGUGUGAUUACAACACGCGAAUUAUCUUGAAGCAAGCGAAGAGUGGUAAAGUUCCUAGGAAAAUUAGAGUUUACGCGGAUGGUAUUUAUGAUCUCUUCCAUCAAGGACACGCACGGCAGCUCAUGCAAGCUAAAAAUAUUUUCCCAAACGUCUAUCUCAUCGUUGGAGUAUGUAACGAUGAGUUAACGCAUAGCAAAAAGGGCAGGACCGUAAUGACGGAUCUGGAAAGGUACGACGCCGUCAGGCACUGUAGAUACGUAGACGAAGUUGUCCGCGACGCGCCUUGGGAACUCGAUGAUGAUUUUAUCAAAAAGCACAAGAUCGAUUUCGUCGCCCACGACGAUAUACCGUACAUGACGGACGACGGAGCGGACGUUUACGCCACGUUGAAGGCUAAAGGAAUGUUCGUGGCUACACAAAGGACGGAGGGGGUCUCCACGUCGGACAUAGUCGCGAGAAUAGUCAAGGACUACGACAUAUACGUCAGGAGGAACCUCGCGCGCGGCUACAGCGCCAAGGAACUCAACGUUUCUUUCCUCAACGAGAAAAAGUUUCGUCUGCAGAACAAGUUUGAUGAUCUGAAGGAUAAGGGAAAACGAGUGAUGGAGAACAUCGGUGAGAAGCGGAUGGACAUGAUAAGCAAGUGGGAAGAGAAAUCGCGGGACUUUAUCGACGCUUUCCUGUUGCUGUUCGGCAGAGAGGGCAGACUGUCUACGAUCUGGAACGAGGGUAAGGGCCGCAUACUGCAGGCGUUGUCUCCACCGGCCAGCCCGAAGAGGGACGGCAGCCCAAACAGCAGCAGUAGCAGUCAGAACGAUGAAGACCAGACAAGUCCGCCGCCGAAGAAGACCGGACGCUACGAGUUCUCGCCGAACAAUCACUACCUAAGCGACGAUUACAGCGACGAUGAGGAGGAACACCUGCGCUCCAAAUGAUAAUUGAUGAUCGCAUUAAAGAGACACGCAUUCUCGUUGACCAAAAGAAACGUGCAAUUUUUAUUUACUAUCUUAAAGUUUAGAUAUAUUUUCAUACAACUACGUGAACUGCUAAUACAGAGUGUAACGCUAUGCUUGAUAGAUUUUUGUAUGGUAUAGAGAACUAAAGUACUAUACAUUAAAAGAAAACAACAACAACAAAGUUGCCUGUGUGAUGUGAAAGUUUUAGCGUGAUUUCGCGGAGGUUUUAUCAUUUUAGAUCGAUGACGCGUUAAGCACCACGAUAACGAUAACGCGAUAGACUGUUUAAGGCAACGAUGCGACGCCCAUCGAGCGUAGCGCUCGCCAUUGUUGUUUCCGAGAUGCCGUUGCACCAUUCAGUUCCUAUAAGUUCUGUAUAACGCGAACGCGGAUCAUCACUCGCCUCUAAUUUAAUACUUAAUUGCGCGCGCGCGAAACGAGCUCGGUUGGUUGACACACGACGUGUCGUCCACGUUUUCAAGCACAAAAUGUUCAUUGAAGCUACGCUUGUAUUUAUUGUAUAUUGAUAUUGUAUGUGUAUAGGCGCUAGAUUAUGUUACGAUUAACUUUGUAUAGUGAUUUUUAUAAAGUAAUCUUGGUUAAAUGCAUAAACGACAAGUUUCUUUUCUCACGCACGGAUGCGCGGAUGCAUCGGUUGCAAUUGGUUCGAUCUGGGAAAAAAAACAAAAAGACCGUUAACGUGUGCGUCGCGAGUUAACACUUUCGUUGCAGCAACAGCAACUUGUUGAUACUUGUAGUAUUACUUGUAAGUAGAUGUGAGAAGAUGCAUGUAACGAAACGGACUAUCUCUCUUCAGGCCCGUAACACUGCAAGACUCCUGUCGUGUUCCAAGUAUUAGCGUUUAGAAAGCGACUAGACGAACAUUAGGCGUGGGAAUUUCUUCGAACAUUUCAGCGUACGUAAACACCUAAUAAAAAAAAAGGAAACUAGAUUACACAACUGACGCUUGCAACUACUACUGUACCGUUCACUAAAUGUAAGUUUUUUAUAUGACGAAUAGUCGAGCGACGGCGGGUAUUGCAAAUCUACGAUUGCGCCGCGAGCAUGAUUCACGAUUAACGAUUAACGACUAAUGAAAGAGCUUAGUGUGCUUAUAAUGUUCCUCGAGGGAAUAGUAACGACAGCGGCGGGAUUAUUAAUUUGCAAAACGUUGCAAAUCGUUCUCUAAGCAAAGUCGUAGGAAGCGUAAUUUUAACGUAGAGUGAAUUAGCAACGUAGAGGAUCAGAUUUCGGCGAGAAGAGGUCGAACAGAUCGAAUUUAUUGUACAAGAGAGAGAGAGAGAGAAAGAGAGGGAAGAGUGUGUACUUCAACUAAAGCAAAACAGCAGUUUCUUGUGAUAUACCGAUGCUGCCUCAGUUUGAUAUAUAUAGCGUGCAUUUGAUAUUUAUUGUCGACCCCCCAGAUUCUGAUCUCUAAAAAGUGUUUCACGAUUGGCAUGCAUGCGAUUGGCGAGCGGUUCUUCAAGCUCGGUUACUUCAAAGAGUUGUACGUUUUUAUAUAGGCGUAUUCUUUUCUACGUAUUUUUUAAACGUGUAAAUUGUAAUGAGAUUUGUGCAGAUAUCGCUUCGUGUACAAAAUUGAUUUUGUAGUCGUGCGAAAGUGCGUUUGAUAACAUACAUACACACAUACACACACGUACAACAUACACGUACACACGAAUCUGUUACUGAUUGCAACUUCUUAAUUAGAAAUGUUAAACAUGCAUUAGGUAAUCUCAUGUAUUUGAUUACAAAGUAUUGUCGAGUAGCUCUGUAAAAAGAAACAUGUUGCAUCUUGCGUUUCUGGAAAAUACAAUUUCUUUUAAAACUAUAUACAUAGCUUGUGUAUAUAUAGAUAGGUCCAUAUUCUCAAUUCAUUUUUAUCAAUAAAAGCGCCCUCAAUGUGGCUUCCCAGCCAAUCAGGUGGUUUUCAAACCACUUUUAGAAGCAUUUUUAUCGAUAAAAGUGAGACAGUAUCUGCCAUAUAGUUUAUUACAUUGUAAAAAAUAUUGUAACAAUUAGGCUGUUAAUUUUGAAGCCGUAACGAAUUCUCAAGAAUAUAUAAAGUUGACACGAUACUAAAUUGCUCUAGAGAUGCAAAUGUUUCAGUAAAAUCUUUAGUUAUAUAUAUAUAUAUAUAUAUAUAUAUAUAUGUUGUAAUAUAGCAUUAAACGAUGAGCGCAGAAAUUAUGUUGAGAUUAUGUAUUCUUGCGUAAUGUAACUUAUUUACGGCCGAUUUAUGAUUCAUAAUCAAACAGUUGUAUUUUCUUGUAACAAAGAUAGUAUAUAUAUAUAUAUAUAUAUGCAAGCUUGUUAAUGAUCUGUAUAGGUUUGAUAUAUGAAUAUAUCAAGGGGCGUACUACAUACAUUACGAUCACACUGUAUUUGUACGCGACGUACUUCCCGUGUGAUUUAAUUAUAUUUAUUUCCUGAACGGCGAUAAAAAGACACUUUGUAAAAGCUUGCGUAUGUUGUAUGAGUACGUAUGUAUAAUUAGUUUGAGAGAUACAUUUUCUUUACUCGU